AUCAGCCACUUAUCGUAUUUCCUUACGCCCACAAGUUUCAUUUGUCUAUAUAAACCCAUUCAAAUUACACAAUACACAGUACGUAUUGUGUUCAAUUGAAUUAUAUUGCUUAAAAUAAUACAAAAUUUAAGUAAAUUAUAUUAAUUAAAUUAAUACCGUAAUUUAAUUAUAAUACUUUUGAUAGUAUUAGUACUCUUUUUGUACGGUACAUUUGUCAUAACAAAGUGACUAGUGAACCCAAGUAAUUUAAAUGUUGAGUUCAUCACAAAGCACCAGUGAUGUACAAAGUCCAGAAAGUGAAAAGAGUUUCGCUUCUAUUGAUCUGUCAAAUGAAGAUGAUGAGAUGGUUUUUAUGAAGAUUAAUGAAAUACGACAGUGGAUUCAUUCUGAUAAUAAACUGUGUGCUCGUACGGAUGACUUUACUUUAUUAAAAUUUUUAAGAUGUUGUAAUUACGACGUAACAAAAACUCAAGAAAAAAUAUAUAAUUAUUAUGCUCAAAGGACGAAAUGUCCUGAAUGGUUUCAUGAUAGAAAUCCAUUUUCAUCAGAGCUUGAAGAAUUAUUAGAUAUGGGAGUAUUUAUACCUUUAAUUCAAUUCAAUGAUGAAGGAAGAAUGAUAAUAAUCAUACGCGUCAGUAUUCAUGAUCCUUAUAAACAUAAAAUCGCAAAUGUCAUCAAGACAGGUAAGAUGAUUUUAGACGUUGCGAUAAAAGAUAGUAUGACAGUUUCAACGAUCGGAGUGAUCGUGAUCUUUGAUAUGAACAAUGUCACUCUGAGUCACGGUCUCCAAAUGACACCGCGAGUUGUGCAAAGACUCGUACACUCUUGGCAAGGAUGUUAUCCGGUAAAAAUAAAUUCUCUUAACUUUAUUAACGCGCCUCUUCAUGUUAAUGGGAUUUUAACAAUAUUUAAAAGUUUUAUGAGUCAUAAAAUGCGUACAAAAGUUAAUGUCUACUCUAAAACCAGUCAGAAUUUUUUUUCAAACAUUCCUAGACAUCUUCUGCCCGCGGAGUACGGCGGCUCUGCUGGAAAUUUAAAAAAUUUAAUAGAUCACUGGAAAAUUGUCGUACAAAAAAAUAAAGAUUGGUUAAUUGAAGAAGAAAAAUAUCGUGUUAUUUUAUAAGUUUUAAUAUAAUAUGUAAGUUUUAUUUGUUUAGUAAAUAAAUGUAUAUCAAAA